AAAAAUUAUUUUAAUGAUAUUACUAUAUUCUAGGUGAAUCAAUAUUAGAAUGCCUCACCAAAACCUUUAUAUCUGUUUUUGAAAACUUAAACCAUUAUUGAUACAAUUAAUUUGAGCAAAUUUUUUUCAAGGACCAUAUUUGCUUUAUUUUGGUAAUAGAAAGCACCUUAGUUUUAAAUUCUAAUGCCUUUCCUACGUGGGUAAAACAAUAUAUACUUUAAGUCAGGUGAUGUCUUUCUCUUAGGAUUGAAACCUAUAUAAACUAAAGGUAAAAGGCCAGUUUACAUAGUAAGAAAAGUGGUGAGAAAAGAAAGUGAAUAAGAUUUUAAAAAUCAAUACAACAUUAAACUAAAAACAAUUAGUAGGGAAUUAUACUCAUUAUAUAAUUUCUGAGUGAAAAAAAAAAACUAAAUUUUAAGCCUCAGUAAAUUUGCUGUAUCUAGGUUCUGUUAGAAAAUGGGGAAUUCUAUAUAUCUCAUUUGCCCUGUAGUUACCUGAGAGAGGGGAAUAAAGGUUUCCUUCUCCAAGUAAAUAAUUAAGCAGCAUUUACCAGACCAGAGACAACACAUUUCUCAUUCAUGGCUUCAAUAAUCUCAAAGAGUUGGACUUUUUGGUCAUAAAAAAAUAUUUGUUGACUUACUUACUGAUGAAUGUUUAGGCCUGUGAACUGGAUUGAAACAGAUGAAUUUCCAUCAGGCAUAUGGUAUUAUUCCUGAAGAAGUAGGUAUUAACCUUGAGAAGCGACAUAGUUAACAAAGUAGGCCAUGCAAGACAGUGUAAUCAGAGCAGUACAGGUUGGAAGUCUGCUUUUUAUUUCGUCGAGGUACCCAGACUAAUUUUCCACUUACAUAGACCACAACACUACUGGCUGAAAAAGCAGAAGACUUUAUGAUAAGGUCACCUACACUACAGGGGACAACUGGAUGAAAAGAGAAAAAUCAGCUCUCUGCUGCAAGGUUUUCAUCGUCUGACUUUUGGCAAAUAAAAACAGCUAGUAACUGCUGUUUGUCUCUGAGGGAAGAAAAUGAUAGUCCUCAAUUGUUUAAUAUAAAAUAUUAAUUAUCUGAUUCCUCAAUUCUUCUUAAAUGCAAUGAGUCACUUUCCUUUCAUCUCUUAUAUACAUUUUUCUUUCAGUUACUUUAGUCUAUACUCAUAUUCAUAGCAUGCUUAAGUUUCCCAUAAGUCUUAAUAGAAAGUAUUUUUCAGAGACUAAAAGGUUUCCACAAGACAUACUAAUGGUUUCACACUAGUCACCAACUUGAUUUUUUCUGCUUCUCAGCUGUCUUUAGUUUCACAGUCCAGAGACCAUCUGUCUAGACAGGUGUUAUCUCACUGGUAUCUAAAAGUAGAAACUGAACAUCAUUAUUUCUGAAAUCUAUUUAGAAACUGCAACUCUAGUGAUAAAGCAGUACUGGUGUAUGUUGUGCACUGUUACAAAUCACUUCUUUAGAACAGAUGGAUUAAAAAAUGGCUUAUUUUGCAUGAGCCAGCUGUGAACUCAAGUAGAGAAUAGGAAUUGUGGAUGUCGCUUACACUGCACAGAAAAGUCAAGAAAUUUGCCAGAUAUAUCAAAAGGAGUUUGUUAUGAGUAGGCAUUUAUCUCAUGGGUUUAUUUUUUUAAAUAAUGUCCACUGUUAAUACAGGGAAAGACAAAUAUGAACUGAUCUUAAAGAUAUUCAUAUAAAAGUUUAUUUUACUAAAACUAUUUCAAGGCCUACAGAUUUAUGGGCCUUGACUAUACUCCACAAAUUUUAGCUUGAAAGCCUUCAUUCUCUUAAUUACAUAUUCAAAAUACCUGGGUAUUGAUAUUUGAGUCUUUUCUAUGGUGUAGUAUUGGAUAACUUAUUGUUGUGAACAAAUUUAAUGAUAAUGUUGCAAAAGAAUAGUAAAUUCCAUUGCAUAGUCAUACUCUCCCACCCCAGGAAAGUUCUUUCCAACAUAAAAACAUACAUGUGUACACACACACACACAUUGCAUAGGCACUUAGUACAGUGCUAUACACAUAUUAUACAAUCUGGUAUUGUGUUCAUUGCCCAGACUCCCACUUCCUAGCUAAGUUGCUUUGGGACCUUUACUUGAAAUUGUGAUGUCCCAGUAUUUGCUGUUUUUCUAUGUAAAAUAGGGAUAAUAAACCUUUCCUAAACCAUAAGGUUGAUGUGAUGAUAAGUGACACAAUACAUAUAAAUCACUUAAAAAAACUGACAUUUAAUAAGAAGGUAAUAAACGUUAGCUGUUAUCAUUGCUGUUAUUAUUUCUGUAUUCAAAGUAAGUUGGCAUGUUUUGUUACAAAUCACUUGAACUCAAAGUACAUUUUCCUAAAGGAAAAAUAGAUAUCAAAUUUGGACAGAUUAGGUUGAAAUUUCUAUUAUUUCAUAGUUAAUGUUGGUAUCUUGGUUCAAUAAAUCGUAAUUUAAAACAUACUUUUUAUGACAAAGUAUGGAUUUGAGUUAAAAUCAUUAAACAUUUGGGAAAAAAUUUUUAUAAAGUAAUGACAAAAACAAUCAAUCAAUGCUGCUUUAGGACCUGAAAACAAUAUUUUUAAAGAGAGAGGAAACAACUUAUCUUUCCAAAUAAAUACUUUUCUAUAUGUGGUUUAAAAUAUUUUUCUUUCUCUCUCUCUCUCUUUCUCUUUUUCUUUGCCAGCCCUGCUUCCAAAAAAAACCAUAGAUAAGAAAUAGUAUAAAGCAAAUUCCAGAGUGGUGGGGGGAACCCAAGGUAAAGAAUCAAAUCAUGUGCCUUUAAAGGAUUGCCAUUUAAUGCCAUUCAAGAUCUACUAAGCAUCAUUUUUGCAUGACUACUGCAAAAGGAUUACUUUACAAAAACCAGUUCCUUUGUCAAGAGCAUACUUUGGACCCUGUUUUCAGAAAGCAGGGAACUCUUUAAUGAAGAAACACCAGAGCUGUUAAACCCAUUGAGACACAGAAGAUUCUAGUGACCGACGAUGGCUUCCUCCUGGAAACUAAUGCUGUUUCUGUCAGUCACCAUGUGUCUUUCCGAAUAUUCAAAAGCUCUUCCUGGUCUCUCCACUUCAUAUGCCACUUUGUUAAGAAUUAAGAAGAGUUCAUCUUCAUCUCUCUUUGGUUCCAAAACCAGACCACGAUACAGCAGCCCUCCAUUGGGAACACUGAGUGCUUCUUCACCCAGCUGGCGAGGGGCAGCUCAGCAUUAUUAUUCCCCCGUCAAUCUUUAUCAUUCCUCAGAUGCCUUCAAACAAGAUGAAAGUGUGGACUAUGGGCCAGUUUUUGUGCAAGAACCAGAUGAUAUUAUUUUUCCAACUGAUUCUGAUGAAAAGAAGGUAGCACUGAAUUGUGAAGUUCGUGGCAAUCCAGUUCCCAGUUACAGAUGGCUUCGAAAUGGAACAGAAAUAGAUCUGGAAAGUGAUUAUCGCUACAGUUUGAUAGAUGGCACCUUCAUUAUAAGCAAUCCAAGUGAAGCAAAGGAUUCUGGUCAUUAUCAGUGUCUAGCAACCAACACUUUGGGGAGUAUUCUUAGUAGAGAAGCUACACUUCAGUUUGCCUAUCUGGGGAAUUUUAGCGGCCGGACAAGAAGCGCCGUCUCUGUGAGGGAAGGCCAGGGUGUCGUUCUGAUGUGCUCUCCUCCACCACACUCACCAGAGAUCAUCUAUAGCUGGGUAUUUAAUGAGUUCCCUUCCUUUGUGGCGGAAGACAGCCGGCGGUUCAUUUCCCAGGAGACAGGCAACCUUUAUAUUUCUAAAGUCCAAACAUCAGAUGUUGGCAGCUAUAUUUGUCUGGUGAAAAACACAGUGACGAAUGCUAGAGUCCUUAGUCCUCCAACGCCACUCACUCUACGUAAUGAUGGUGUGAUGGGAGAAUAUGAGCCGAAAAUUGAGGUCCAUUUUCCUUUCACGGUUACAGCUGCUAAAGGAACAACUGUUAAGAUGGAAUGCUUUGCACUUGGCAACCCCGUUCCAACAAUCACAUGGAUGAAGGUUAAUGGCUAUAUUCCUAGUAAGUCACGUCUGCGGAAAUCUCAGGCAGUGCUGGAAAUACCAAAUGUACAGCUGGAUGAUGCAGGCAUUUAUGAGUGCAGAGCUGAAAACUCACGUGGAAAAAAUUCCUUUCGUGGACAAUUACAAGUAUACACCUACCCACACUGGGUAGAAAAACUGAAUGAUACUCAGUUAGACAGUGGGAGCCCUCUCCGAUGGGAAUGUAAGGCUACUGGAAAACCCAGACCCACAUAUCGUUGGCUGAAGAAUGGAGUACCCCUCUCAUCUCAGAGUAGGGUUGAGAUGGUUAAUGGAGUAUUGAUGAUCCACAAUGUGAAUCAAUCAGAUGCUGGAAUGUAUCAGUGUUUGGCUGAAAAUAAGUAUGGAGCCAUUUAUGCUAGUGCUGAGCUGAAGAUUCUAGCUUCAGCUCCCACUUUUGCACUGAAUCAACUGAAGAAAACAAUAAUUGUUACCAAAGAUCAAGAAGUUGUCAUAGAGUGCAAACCCCAAGGCUCUCCAAAACCAACCAUCUCUUGGAAGAAAGGAGACAGAGCAGUUAGAGAAAACAAAAGAAUAGCUAUUCUUCCAGACGGGAGUCUACGGAUCCUAAAUGCUUCUAAAUCAGAUGAGGGAAAGUACGUUUGCCGAGGGGAAAAUGUCUUUGGUUCCGCUGAAAUUAUAGCUUCGCUGUCUGUAAAAGAACCUACAAGGAUAGAACUUACUCCUAAAAGAACAGAAUUGACAGUGGGAGAAAGCAUUGUUCUUAACUGCAAAGCAAUUCACGAUGCUAGUUUGGAUGUCACUUUCUACUGGACUCUGAAAGGACAGCCUAUUGAUUUUGAGGAAGAAGGUGGACAUUUUGAAAGCAUCAGGGCCCAAGCAUCCUCUGCAGAUUUAAUGAUCAGGAACAUCCUUCUGAUGCAUGCUGGGAGAUAUGGCUGCAGGGUACAGACCACAGCAGACAGUGUGUCAGAUGAGGCAGAACUUCUUGUUAGGGGUCCCCCAGGCCCACCUGGGAUAGUAAUUGUUGAGGAAAUCACCGAAAGUACAGCCACACUAUCCUGGAGCCCAGCAGCUGACAACCACAGCCCAAUCUCCUCCUACAACCUUCAAGCUCGCAGCCCAUUUUCGCUAGGCUGGCAAACAGUAAAGACAGUGCCAGAAAUCAUAACAGGGGACAUGGAGUCAGCCAUGGCUGUGGACCUAAAUCCCUGGGUGGAAUACGAAUUUCGAGUGGUGGCCACCAACCCUAUUGGGACAGGAGAUCCAAGCACCCCAUCUCGAAUGAUCCGCACAAAUGAAGCAGUUCCGAAGACAGCGCCCACCAAUGUAAGUGGAAGAAGUGGAAGAAGGCAUGAGUUAGUCAUUGCCUGGGAGCCAGUAUCUGAAGAGUUUCAGAAUGGGGAAGGCUUUGGCUAUAUUGUGGCUUUCAGACCCAAUGGAACACGUGGCUGGAAGGAAAAAAUGGUGACAUCCUCUGAAGCUUCCAAAUUCAUUUAUCGAGAUGAAAGUGUCCCUCCUCUUACUCCCUUUGAAGUGAAAGUUGGCGUUUAUAACAAUAAAGGAGAUGGGCCUUUUAGUCAAAUUGUGGUCAUCUGUUCAGCUGAAGGAGAACCCAGUGCUGCUCCCACAGAUGUCAAGGCAACAAGUGUGUCUGUGUCAGAGAUUCUUGUUGCAUGGAAACACAUUAAGGAGAGUCUAGGAAGACCACAGGGAUUUGAGGUUGGUUACUGGAAAGACAUGGAACAAGAAGAUGCAGCAGAAACAGUCAAAACUAGAGGGAAUGAGUCUUUCGUCAUCCUAACAGGAUUAGAAGGAAAUACAUUAUAUCACUUCACAGUGAGGGCUUACAAUGGAGCUGGAUAUGGGCCACCUAGCAGUGAAGUGAGUGCAACCACCAAGAAAUCCCCCCCAAGUCAAGCACCUAGCAACCUCAGGUGGGAGCAGCAAGGCUCUCAGGUUUCUCUGGGCUGGGAACCCGUCAUACCAUUAGCCAACGAAUCUGAAGUUGUGGGUUACAAGGUUUUUUAUAGGCAAGAGGGUCACAGCAACAGCCAAGUUAUUGAAACACAGAAACUUCAAGCAGUAGUACCACUCCCAGAUGCUGGAAUCUACAUUAUUGAAGUUCGAGCAUAUAGUGAAGGAGGAGAUGGAACAGCUAGUUCUCAAAUUAGGGUACCAUCAUAUUCAGGUGGAAAAAUCACAAGUGCUCAGUCGACCCUUCACACUCUCUCCACAUCUUCAUCAUCAGUCACGUUGCUCUUGGCAUUGAUGAUUCCUUCAGCCUCCUGGUGAAAACCCCUGACUUAAUUUGCUUUUGUUCGCUUUAGCUUGAUAACAGCAGUGAAUAGAGUGUAGUAUAAGUGGAGAACCAGGAUCCUGAGAUGAGCUUGAGCUUUAAAAACUUGGAACUAUACAUGGUGAACUCACAGGAGGUUAGGGGGGAAAUAUUACUUAUCCAUCAGGUUUCUCUUUGGUUUUUGUAAAUGGAGAGGACAGUUCUUAGUCCAGUAAAAAAUAUGCAGAUUGUAUGUAAUGAAUUUUUGUAAGCAAAGGUAAUUUCUGUCAAAUGUAUUCUUUACUUUUUUAAUAUGUUUGGAUUUUAUUUUAUAUCUAUGACUACGAGUGUGUGCCAUCCAUUUGUUAAGUAACUGGCCUUUAGCAGAUCUGUUUUAAGACAAAUGCAAAAGUGAGAAUGAAAAGUUUGCUUAAGACUGAGUUCAGUGUUUUUCAUUUUCCCUUUGGCUGAAUAUCUCAAUUUCCAAACCAGCAGGAAAUAUGAAAAAUGCUUCAGUGAUGUGGUCCAUUAUAAGAUAAGUACACAAAAAUUUUCUUGAAAAAUAUUGUAUGAUUGCAUAGUGAAAUAGCAAGAUUUGUCAAUAUGCUAUUCUAUAUGCACCCCUAGAGCAAGUUAUUAGGGUAGGGAAUAAGCCAUUUACAUUAGUGCAAGAUAAAUAGAAACUGAGUCCAAAUGAAUUUUAGUGCUAUUGUUUUUCAUAAAGUACUAUGUUAUCUAGCAGCAAAUAAAAUAAAUAUUUAUUUUUAAUAAUAAAAGAUGGUUUAACAUCACCAAAAAAUAUGAUCACUAAAAACUGCAGACAUGCUGCCAUGGGUGCUAACUUAAAAAUGAGAAGAGUAUGGGACACAGCGUUUCCAUUUCUUUACCUACUGCCAAAGCAGAUGUUGAAGUAGGUCCAAGGUUUUCUUCUAAUUGCAAAAUUUUGCAAAAAUUUUAAGGACAAUGAAAAUGUGUUGUGCAAAUAAUUAUGCAUAGUCUGUAGAUUAAAAUGGUUCAAGCAUAACAAAUAAAUUUUGAUUUUUAAAAACAGUUUCAUGCAUCACAUACCACUGAUAAAAUCAACUAGUAAAAUAAAGACAGUCUCUCUUGGAUAAACUGAAUUUUUAAUUAAGCUGUGGAAACAUGGCAUCAGUACAGGGAUUCAGCUAGUCUAGCCAGCUAUGCACUGUUUGAUUCUGUGGCUUGGGAAGUAAUCCUUAUUUGCUAUUUCGAAGAGUCAACUUGAGCCUGAGAGAUCUUAGAGAGCUGUUGGAAAACGAGAUGAAAAUUUUCUACUUGAAGAUAUCUUAAAGAAGUUCUAACAAACAUGAGAAUGUGCCAGAGUUGGCAUCAUACCCAUGCAAAUGCAGGAAAGGACAGUUACUGCAAAGUCAUAUGCCAGAGAAGAGCCUGGAAAAAUUAUGGUUUUAUAGGUGAUGUUAACAUGAGAACAAAAAAUAGUUUUAUAAUUUUAUAUACUUUAAACUUGUUAAUUGUAUUUGCUUCAUUAAUAACAAGCAAAAUGAAACAAUAUGGAGCUCAAAUUGCUAGCUCUCAAGGUUAAUCCUUGUAGAAUCAGAGGAGUGAUUGAAGUUUCUGUUCUCAACAUCCUCAAAUAAUAGUUUCAGAGCCACAGGAAAAGUCUGUAUGUAGGUUACAUAUUCUCUUGGGGGAAAAUUAUGUAAGACACCCUAAACAAAUAAGAAAUGAGUUAAAAGAAAGACUCGGUCAAUAGAUAUUAUAGUAAGUACUACAGAUGGUAAAUAUUUAAGCCUGUAAGUAAGUAAUUAUGACUAAGUAGCCUUUCUUGAACACCUCCUUUAAAGUGGGAGAAGCUGGACUUUGGACUUUGCAAAAACAGGGAUGCUUAAUUGGUUAGCUGACAAAACAUGAGCUCUCCCAAGUAUCGUGUAACUUUCAUGAAUGAAUUGUGCAUCUGGGAAAAAAAAGGCAGAAAGAAUAUUUUUAAUGCAAAAUAAUUUUAUGUAUUUCAUGAAUCAAGCCAUUGUCUUCAUUUUCCAUGGUGAUGUAAACCAGAUUUAGUGAAGGACUUUAAGAAUCAACUUCUUAUUUACACUCUCAGAAAGCAAAGCCCAGUAAAAUAUUAAACAAAUAAAAUGACAAAUUUAACCAAUAUUUUUAAUUAGCUGACGGAUGGUACAUAUCUGACAGAGUAUUUACACGUAGAAUGUCUGAUGUUGUAUUCUUACAGGAAUCAGAGAUAUGGAAUGUUUUUACUUAACAUACACAGAAUAUGUAUUUUGCAUCAUAAACCUAUUUAGAAAACAGGUUUUCAAUGUUUAUGUACUUAUGUGCUACAUAUCUGUUACUUUGUAGAAAUCAGAAGAGCAUUCUUAUCAAGGUACAUUAUUUUUCAGCUACAGUACUGAAUUUUUUCUUCUAUGGGAUAGUAACCACAGUCUUAAAUCACUAAAGAGACUGUAUUUUUGUAUAAUGUCAAUUGAAUAUGAAGAAAGCAACAGUCCUUAUAAUACGAAAUUUCAUGAAAGCAAAAGUUUUGCAUACCCAAAUGAAGGUACUGUGGACCCCAUGUCAAACUGUUAAAUAUACUGUGUACGAUCUGUAUAUAUACUAUAUAUAAGGUAUAUACCAUGUGGAAGGCACAGUCAAAUAAUAGUUCUGUGUACUGUUCUUGUAACAUUAGAUCUUUUUAAUAAAUAAUUCUCUUUUUAUUGACUUUUA